UCUUCCCUGUUUAUGUCUGCGUAUGACGUCACUUAAUUGACUGUUACCAUUCUGUGAUAGUAUCAAAUCAGAUUCAUUAUCAUCAAUUUCAAGGUGUGCUGGGAAGUGUUGUAAAUAUUAUAAAGUAAUAUGAAUAGUCCUAUUAGGUGCACUCAUUAAGUCAAGGAGAUUCUCUUUGUUUGUGAGCAAGGUUACCAUCUUAUAUUUCGGAACAUCCAUUAUAUUUUAUUACAAUAACCAGGGCUGGCCGGCCUGGAGGGGGACCCAGCUGCCCCGGGUGAGUCCCGGACACUCCCUGGACCCCUUCAUCCUCCCAGCAGCCCAGACAUGGACGAUGCCAGUAGCAAACGACAGGCUACUAGGGUCUUCAAGAAGAGCUCCCCCAAUGGAAAGAUAACAGUUUAUUUGGGCAAGAGAGAUUUUGUUGAUCAUAUAACACAUGUGGAUCCAAUAGAUGGAGUAGUUUUGAUUGAUCCAGAGUAUGUGAAGGAUCGUAGGGUCUUUGGUCACGUACUCGCAGCUUUUCGCUAUGGUCGCGAGGAUCUGGAUGUUUUGGGAUUGACAUUUCGAAAAGAUCUCUACUUAGCAGCGGAGCAGAUAUACCCUCAAGAUAACAGUUCUACAAAACGUCCACUCACAAGGCUUCAGGAACGUUUGAUUAAGAAGUUGGGCCCAAAUGCAUACCCCUUUUACUUUGAACUGCCACCCCACUGUCCAGCAUCUGUGACACUUCAGCCGGCACCAGGCGAUACAGGGAAACCAUGUGGUGUGGAUUAUGAACUGAAGGCAUUUGUUGGAGAAACACAAGAUGACAAACCACACAAAAGAAAUUCGGUGAGAUUGGCAAUAAGAAAAAUAAUGUACGCUCCAAGUAAGCAAGGUGACCAACCAUCAGUGGAAGUUAGUAAAGAAUUUAUGAUGAGUCCAAACAAAUUACAUUUAGAAGCAUCGUUGGACAAAGAGCUCUAUCAUCAUGGAGAAAACAUAGCUGUUAAUGUUCACAUUGCAAACAAUUCAAAUAGAACUGUAAAGAAGAUAAAAGUGUCUGUGCGGCAGUUUGCAGACAUUUGUUUGUUUUCCACUGCUCAGUACAAAUGUACAGUGGCUGAAACAGAGAGCGAAGAAGGUUGUCCCAUUGGGCCUGGGUUUACCUUGAGUAAAGUGUUUGUGAUGACCCCACUUCUCGCCAAUAACAAGGACAAGUGGGGCUUAGCCCUUGACGGACAGUUAAAACAUGAAGACACAAACCUAGCCUCUAGCACUCUAGUUGCUGACCCUUCGCAGCGGGAGAACCUAGGUAUAAUUGUGCAGUACAAAGUUAAAGUUAAGCUGUGUCUUGGUGCCCUGGGAGGGGACUUAGUUGCCGAACUACCUUUUAUUUUGAUGCAUCCAAAGCCAGAGGAAGAAAUAUUUCCUCAUACUGCUCGCCCAUCUCCAACUCACGCUUCCAACAAAGAUAAUGAAGAUAACGUUCCAGUUGAUACGAACCUCAUUCAGUUAGAUACAGAUCUGGACACCCAUGAUCCAGAUGAUGACAUAAUUUUUGAAGAUUUUGCUCGUCUGAGACUUAAGGGUGGUGAAACUGAUGCCUGAGUGGAAGAGAAAACUACAUUUAUGCCAAUUCGAACUGAGGUUUACAUUGUGCUGGAAUAGCCAUAUUACCAUUAUUAUAUUUUUACUUUAUUUUAGCUCUAAAUGGCAGUGCUCAGAGUAGGCAUUGCAUGCAUAAAACAUUUUUUAUCAACUUUACCAGAUGAUUGGAAUUAACAUUUACUCAGGUUGUAAAGGGGAGUGAGCAACGUGCAUUAAGAAAGUAGUUUAAUGCUCAGAAAGUGUUUGAUCUGGCCAGAAGAUGCCAUCUUAUUUUUCGUGAAAAAUACAAAACAUUUUAAUGAAAGGAAGGAAACAAAACAAAAAAUUUUUCCUUUGUCCAUCAGAUGUUAAAGAUUCCAGAAAAGUUAUGUAUAUUCAUAUAAAUACAUUGUAAGGUAAUUUUUAUUUCUGUGGCAAAAUGAACUGACAUCCUAAAGCUUUGCCCAUUUUUAUUUUUUGUCUUCUUGUUUUUUGCAUUCCUUGAAACUUGAGUUAGUCCAACCAAGAUUUUUAAUAAAAGAAACUCCUCUUUACACUUUACCUUCCAAAGGAUAUUUCUGUUGUUAUUUCCAAUCAGUAUAUAUUAUUUAAGUUGAAUAUGUAUACCAAUUUGUUGUUUUAGAACACUGUGCUGACUGCAGAUAAUUUUUGUAACAACUCAAGCUUCUUUCAAUGUAAUGUACAUAAAUAUAUGGAAUAUUGUGAAUGUAUAAUAUAUGCUAGGUAUGAAUUUAUCGAUUUUAAAUGAUUAAUUAAUAAUUAUUUGACAAAAAGCGAUAUACUUCGGAUAUGAAUUGAUUCCAGCAAUUCUGAACUUAUAAUGUAUAUGUAAUGAAAUGUUGUAAGUCCCAUCAAUGUUUAUUUCUUCCAAAUAAUCAUGACUGUAUUACAGUACUUUUGAUGAAGUAAAAUUAUGUUAAGUGGGUUGUAAUUCUUUCAAAUUGAUGUUCGUAUAUGAAUUUGAUAUACCUUUUUUUUUAAAUUAUUUUUGCAACAAAUCUAUAAAAUGUGUUGUAAUGUAGCAUUAGGAACAAAUGCAAAUUGGUCACUUUUGACAGAGAAAUUUCUGUCUUUACCUCAUGUCCAUUUUGUAUCACCCAUUUGUACAUCUGUACUGUUUAAAAUGUGUUGCUCUGUUACUCACUGAUUUUUUGAAUCCUGAGUAAAGCAUUUAUAUUAAUAAGUGUUAACAUUAGUGUGUUUAAAACUUUAUUCUAGCAUGAAAAACUAGUACAGUAGGUCUUACUAUAAUGUCUGGUUAUGAUCCUGAAAACUGCUAUAACUUAAUAUAAAACUACUUUUUGGAAGUUUGUUUCCCAAAAUUCAUUUUUCCAUAAUACAUUGCUUUGGUUCACAUGUUUUUUUUAAAAUCAUGCAGUAUAGAAAAAAUAUUAUAAGAAAGGAAUUUAGGUGUUUAUGAAGAAAUAACAACUUCCUCUAUGUAAAUUAUAGUUUUCAUUAUUCUAAUUGAAUUUGGCUGAAUUUUUUCAUUUAGCAUGGCUACCAGUGCACAAAACAAGUGCUUUAAUUUAUGGCUGGGCCUGUAGAUUCUUCUGUGCUUCAGUUACGAUUCUACUUGAAAUCGGGACAGUUGAUUCUUAAGCUGUAAGGAAUUGUAUCAUGUUUAUAAUGGUAGGUAAUAAGAACUGCCAAUAAUUUGGAUGUAAAAUAGAUUCAAUGAAUGAAACGAGUGGUUCUUGCCACAAUUUCCUUAUUUUCCUGUUAGUAAGCUCACAAUGUUUACGCAACUAAUUGUGCACUAAUAUACAAAAGACCUGGUCAAGACCUGGCUAGUUCACAACUGGAUUUACCCAUAUGGCUUUCGUAUACUAAAGCUAUUUUCUCAUCAUAUUUUUGAUACUUUUACAUAACUAUUUUCUGCCUUAACCCGUCAUUGGUCGCAUUGUAAAAUGUUACACCAGUGGUCGCGCAUGAGCAUUUUGCUCACAGACUUAAUUUUACGAUUAGAGUCGUGCUUAACCACUUUUAAAAGGCCAAAUAUUUUACAUAUUGCAAAUGAAACAACUUUGCUUUUUUAAAUAAUAUUUAAUAUUAUUAUCACAUAAUUUUUAAUUUUUUUUUUUACAUAAAUCAUCAUCAGAAUAAACUAUUUGGCUGUAUACUGAAAUUCCUUCGUCCGGCCUAUGACUACAUCAACAAAAAAUGCAGUAGUUUUGGAAGCAAAACAGAAAAUCACACAUUAUUUACUACUUCAUCAUUUUAUAGCAAAAAAAAAAAUAUUAAAUCUACUGAGUCUUUUAAGGGCACACUAAUUUAUGUUAUACAUUUGAGACUAUGACUAAUAGAACACACAUUAUGCAAUAGAGAAUUUCUAUUUCAAAACUGCUUUCAUGGAAAUUUACAUGUUAUAACACAUAACUCUAUAAGAAUUUACAACAUUUUGGUCAAAAUUUUUAUCAUUGGCGGCUGCUUGGUUUUCAGGUGGUAAACUCUACGGCAACCAUGGUGGAACUUCUGUAAAUACAAAGCACAGAAUAUAUAUCACAUUACUGAAAAUUCUAGUAAAAAAUAAAUAGAUUCAUAAAACUAUGGAAAGACUAUAAUUACAUAUCUUCCUCCGGAAUUCCUAAGAGUUCUUCCAAAAUUAUAAAAUCUUGUCUAACUUCGAUGCAAAUUCAGCUUUUCAGCAUACGUAUUCAAAAGUAAUUUCUUAUUUUGAUGCGAAAAUCAACAAUUUUGUAACAAAAUGAUAAUGUUUACUAUAAUUGAUGUUUUAUGUAUUAUUUUUUUUUUUUGUAUUUUCAAUCAAAAUGUUGAUAAUUAUAACAUAACUUACCUGUUCUGGAACAUUCAGCGAUUUGUUGAAGAGCCAAAGCCACAAUGUUCUUCUCCCGAUUCAUUUCAAUAAGUAAUACCACGAAUCAUUAUAUUUAGUCUCACGAGAAUAUAUUUCAAGACUAAACACAGCACUUUGCAAACCGAACUGUCGUCACAAUUGUAGCAACGCGACUGGUCGCACUGUGAGCAAACUGCUCAUGCGGCGUGCAUGCCUGUAAACAAUAUCUUAUAUCAAGACCAAGUAUUAGUUACAUUCUGUCAGCCACCUAGUGACUUAAAAAGGAAGGUUCAAAACUCAGCUAGAAAAAAAGACACCUUCCCACAGCAAUAAAAACAAUAACAGUAAAACAUUAUUUCUGAGGGUGAGCAAAAUGCUUAUAGCGCGACCAAUGACGAGUUAAAAAGGUUAGUUAAAAAAUCAGAUUUAUGCAUAUAUAAAGUUCUUAAAUUAUUGAUUUUGCAAAACAUGUGAUGCCUGUGUGCAAACAAAUUUUCGUACAGAUUCACUGUUUUCACGUUGGUGUUGAUGUUUCAUUUGCCAUGACCAUAGCUUGUGUUAUUAAUAAAUAUAUUGUGAUUUUGUAGAGAUGGGUCGAGUCUUGGUUUAUCGAGUCGAGCCGAGCCGAGUUGGGUCAGAUUGACUCGACUCGAAAACCGAGUCACAUAUUUUAUCAAGUUCGAGACUCGAAACACGUUUCGAGUUAAGUACCAGCAUCGUGACAUUAUAGCACCUUAUUAUAGGUUGUCUUAACGUUUUCGCCAAGUAAUUAAUACAGCAAGAAAUGAUAAUGACCUUUAAACAAAACAAAUCCCGUGCAAACCUAACCUUGCCCGCUACCGUGCUACGGCGCUAUAAUAGGUACAAGUGCAACCAAACCUAGGCCUACCUUCAUUUAUGAACGUAACGUCGUAACGUGAUUUUGUCGAUAGUGGCGACAGUUUAUAGGACAAAAUUAUGUCACAUGACCAUUUUAUAUUAAAAAAAAUGCUUGGAAAACAGCGUGCACUGUUUUCAUUUUGUUUUUCAUCCUGUGUUUACUUCAAAUAAGGUACCGCAUUUGUUUACAAAAUACGUCAAAGGAUUUUCACUGAAGAAAAAUUUAUUGCAAAACGCACAUAUAUUAAUAAUCAUCACGUUUAUCGUGCCCCGUUUAUAAUAACUCGUAUAAACAAGAGAUUUUCGUAACCUAAAAAUAAAAACAUAAAAUAAUUAUAUUGUAAUAUUUAGUAAAUAACACCAAGCCGUGAUGCGUGAAAAUGACUGCGUGUUAGGCCAACCAGCCUUGAAUUUUGGAACUAAAUUUAGCUGUGAUCCGCUACGCAGCGCUGCGUGUCAAUAACGUUUAGGAUAAAAUUACUUUCUUUUUGUUUGAAUAAAAUAUAAUAAUAACAACGCUCAUGCAUUUUAUAUGGCAAUCAGUUACUGAUCGCCAAAUCAAAUGCAUGAAAUAUUUAUUUAAAAACAUAUUGAUAUUCUUGUAGUUGUAACAAGUUCCGGGCCAAUAAUCUUGCCGCGGAAAGUGUAUUUACAUUGAGAAUGUGACAAUGUGACAAGGCCUAUAUCCCUUGAGCUGUUUGUUCAUGUGGGGAUCUGCCGGUGGAUCGGAAAAAAAAAGUUACGUAACUCGGGAAGCCUUCUUUUCACAGACGAAAGAGCCAAACUCCCGAUCGUACAUCUUCGUUUUUUUUUUUGUUCAUUGUAAAUAAAUAUGGCGGUGUUGAUAAAAGCAAAUACCAUAAACAAGGAAACAGUAUUUAUUUGUACGCCGCCAUAUUUUUCGUUUGCAGUGUGUCCGUGAAUGUUUAUUUUGGUCAAUUAGGUUAGGUUAGCUACAUUAAAAAUACUUUAAAACAUUGUGGACGGUUGAUAUGGUUUGGAUAGCUACAUUAAAGAUACUGUGAAAUCAUGUUGAAAUAAAGCUUAGUUUUUUAUAUUUAAAUAACAUAAUGAUUUGCUAAUUAAUCAUUUAAAAUAUUUAAAUAAUGCAGAUGCAUCUUGGAUACACAAUUUUUAUAUCAAUGGGUGUAGUAAUAUUUUAUUUAUCAUAUUCGACGCAAAAAAUUAUAAAAUUAUGAAACUCGAACUGACUCGACCUCUUCAAAAAUUUUGUGACUCGAACUCGACUCGACUCGAAAUAUGAAUUGCUAAACUCGGCUCGACUCGACUCGAAGCCAAAAAACCUCAACUCGUCCAUCUCUAUGAUUUUGAAUUACAGUAAACAGAAAUUAUCUCUUAAUCAUUUAGGGUUUUACUGCAAAUAGAAUCAUUCAUGUGUUGAUGGUGAACUGCGGUGGCUAAAAAGAUGUUAAAAUGUAACAAAUACUACAAUUAAUACUUGCAGUUUUUCAAAUGUAAGUUUUUUUGUUGAAUUUAUUGUGCAUUGAGCUUUAACAUGCCUGAAGACCAAAUUCAAAGGUAUCUUUGAUUAUGUUCAUUUUAUGUCAAAAAAGUACAUAUAUUUAGAUUACUGAAGUAUUGUCUUUAGGUUUGCAUUCUGCUUGAAUUUCCUUAAUUUCAUUCAGAAAGGAAGUAAAAUUUGGUUUUUUAGUCAAACUUGCAAUAGAGAGAAUUCGUGGAAUCGGAAUAAAAGAAAUGUGGAAUUGACCUAUUCAUACUAUAUCUGUUUGAUUGGGCCUUAUAAUCAACAGUUUAAUUGAAGAAGUUCUUGCUUGUAUAUUAAGUAAGCCUGUGCGAAUAUUCAAACUUUCAUAUAUCAAAAUGAAUAGUUUAUUAUUCAAUUCGAUUUUGAAUACUAACACUUCAAAAAAAUGAAUAGUCAGUCAUUUACAAAUAUAGCUGUGCGGGAUCUCUAAAGUGUGGAAAAAUUUUGGGAUCACAGAAGAUGUUCUCAUCGGGCGGGGACAAAAUUUCCACAGGAUUUUCGUAAUGUUAAGGGUUAUAUAUGUGGAGUUUUUUGCUACCUCUGGCAACAUAAAUUUUGAAAAGAAAUAUAGUAAAGCCGGAUUUAAGAAAUUAGUUCAGAACCUUUACUAAUACCCAUGUUAUCAGCUCAAGUAUUUUACAAGUCCAGCAGGUUGUUAAAAAUAAGAACUGCAACAUACUGAUAAGGAUAAGUACAUGUCCGUAAAAAUCAAAACACUGCGCGAAUGUUAAGUUGACAGUUUUCAGAUCAAAGGGUAGAAACAUGGUAUGCCAGCUCCGUGAUUAGUUUCGUUCCGAACGGUGGUAGAGAAGAGAAAAAACUUGUAUAGAUCUCGUGGAAAACAUCUGGUCGCAUACUCGCAGCAAAGACUCGUAAAGCCUAACAAUUUACAACGUUUUUGUGGUAGACGAUGACCAACGACCCGGGUCCCUCCCUUAUGGCCCAAAAAUAAAAGGUCACAGUAAGAUUGGGGGGGGGGGGGGGGGGGGGGGGGGGGGAGAAAAAACUUAACCUCUUUAACCAAGCACACACACACACUGGACAGAAAAAGAGAGGAAUAUUCUAAGCAGCUACUGUGUUCCUACACUUAAGUUAAAACAAGCCAAAAAAUGUAAUCCAUAAAUGUUAUUAUAAAUAAUGAUUUAUUUUCACAUAAUGAAAAAUUCAAUGAAACAAGUUUUAAAUUUUUUAGACCUAAAUCAUAUUUAAUUAUAGAUUAAAACUACUAACUGUACCUUCUUUUUAAACCCACCCUCUUGAAAUUUCUUCAUACACACUGCAAUUGCCAUACAUAUUUGCUUUGCACUGUUCUUUAAUUUUUUUUUUUCAGUUUAUAUUUUGAUUAUCGUGAAAAAUAAAAAUUUACAUUUUCCUUUCAAAAUUUGAAUAUUUCAACAAUAUUUUACGUAUAGUAAUUAUAGCUGACUUAACCUAACCAACCUUUCAAUUAGUAUUAUUUAUCUAAUUUCCCAUAAGCCAAUAGACAACAUAUAUACUUUUUAUGUGAAAAAAAUUUUUAGUGGGAUACUAAUUUUUACAAUUUGAAUUCGAUAUUUGUAUUCGAGAAUAAUUUGAUAUUUGUAUUGGUAUUCGAUUCAAACUAAAAUACUGAUAUUCGCACAGGCCUAAUAUUAAGUUAACUAUAGUAACCUUAAUUCUAAAAUCAGCAGAUAUGUCCAUUACUUACUCAGGAUCCAAAACUAAAAAUUUUUUUGUCUGAUUAAAUGCCAUUAUCAAUUUUGGCCACUGAAGUCAUCCAGUGUGUUAUUUUAAAAUAUGUGUCAGCCAUUAAGGGUUUGUACCAAUUAUGCAAACCUACAAAUAUUUUAAUAAUGUUAUAUUCAUUACCAUUUUUAUUCUAUAUGUAGUAGAAACUGAAUUAUGAGAGAACUUUGUAUGAGACAUAUUUAUAGCAUGACUUACUGUAUUUGCAAUUGUCCCCCAAAUUUAAUGCCUUCAUAUAUUUUAAUGUUAAAUUUUCUCAGUAAAGGAAAUCUUAUUCAAAAUAAAUGUAUUUUUUUAGCCAUUUUAUUGUUUUAACUUCAAACAUUGUAUUCCUGAAUGUACUAUGAUUUUGUGUAAGUCAAUUUUAUUUAACAGUACCAUAUCAUAAACUAAUUUAAUAAUUAAAUAUUUGCAAUUAGUUUUACUAUGAAUUAAAAUACCUGCUACCAAAAAUCUGUAGUUUGAGGUAUUCACCAAACCACUUAAAUGCAACUUACAUAAAAUCAAAGUUAUGUAAUGUUGUACGGUUUUGCUGAAACAAGUAACCUGUCAGUAUGCAUGUUUAAUUCUUCCAUUGCAUGCAGCUGUCCACUUGUUAUCUUGUCUCCUUCCUGUAUUUAGUUAUGCAUAUGCUAUCUAUAUCCUAGCAUGUGCUAUUGUUUAUUAUUUAUUUACCAUAUGACUGAUGAUGAAACAGAAAAAUAAAACUCCAAAUACGUU